AUGGCUGAUUUCGUUGUCGAGUACACUGAAAACCUAGGAGAUCCAGCUACAUGGAGUCUAUACGUAGAUGGGUCAUCAAAUAAAGCCGGAAGUGGGGCAUGUGUCAUUUUAGAAAGCAACCAAGGAACUUGGAUAGAACUCUCCUUAAGGUUCGAGUUUCUUGCUUCCAACAACCAAGCAGAAUAUGAGGCCUUACUUGAUGGCUUGAAGUUGGCUAAAGAAGUGGAGGCUGAGAAAUUGAUAGUGUUCAGUGAUUCGCAAUUAAUAACUUUGCAAAUUAACGGCACCUAUCAAGUCAAAGACCUUACUAUGAAGAAGUACUUGGAUGAAGCCCAAGGACAACUGACACAUUUUCCAGAAUGA